AAAACGAGAGUGAUACAUUUCAGUUUGUUUAAUUUUGCAUAUUACGCCGGAGUGUCGCCAUUUGGAGUGAACAGGCGUGCGUUUUAGCUCGGAGACGGAAUAAACAGGGUCCAAAUUGACCGGAGCUGCCCGCCUUUACUGGGGGGAGUUAAUCUAAUGCUUGUCCACCCCCUCUGAGUGGGGAAGACGCUGGCAUUCACGCUGCUGCGGAGCUGAAAGAGGCGCCGCACCUUUGCGCAGCGGCCGCUCUUCAGCUGAAAGGUCUCCCUCUCCGUGCACAAAGGCGGCUGCCGGAGCGGACCGCGGACAGGCGCUCGAAGGCGUAAGAAGCCGCCUCCAGCCGCCGGGACGCCGACUCCGUAACGCCGCUCGCCCGAAAAGCGCCAUAUAUCCGAAUUUUAGGCUCCCGAUUGAGCGGCCCGCGCAGGUCACUGCGAGGAGGAGUAUGGAGAAACCGCACUCUGCUCUGAGGAAGACCCCUCACCUGCGGAAGCAGCAGCUCAGCAGGAUGGACUGGGAAGUAGGGGAGUCCAAGCUCCAGAAGACCCCAACCAAGGACCAGUGCUGCCAGACAGAGCAGCACCAGGACGACAGCGAGGCUGCGGUGCCCUGCACAGACGCAGACGUGGGGCUCAAAGCACCAGCCUUCUCCCUGGAGCCAGGUGACCCUCCACUCUUACAGCAGCAGCUUCAGACGUCCAAGUCUGGGAUCCAGCAGAUAAUUGAAUGCUUCCGCUCAGGAACGGCGCAGCUAAAGCACAUCCUGCUGAGGGAGGUGGACACCAUUUUCGAGUGUAAGCUCUGCCGCAGUCUUUUCCGUGGCCUGCCCAACCUCAUCACUCACAAGGAGUUCUACUGCUUCCCCAGCAUCCUGGACAUCAAUGACCCGCCUUCAGACAACAAGCAGAGCAAGGCCAUCAAGGAGCUUCUAGAGGCCAUCUACCCACGGAAGGACCAGCCUGAGUACGUGGUGAGGCUGGAGCCCAUUGAGACCAACCAGAAUGCAGUCUUCCAGUUCCUGUCCAGGGAGGACAAUCAGGAGCCUGAGCCGGAGGCUGCCUGUCCCCCAGCCCCAGAGAUCAUUGCUGUCCAACCGACGGAGAGCCCACCAGGGGAGGUGGAGGAGCUGGCUGAGCCGGAGGCCCAGGAGGAGCCACCUUGCGAGAAAGAGGAGUCUCUUGCACAAGAGGAGGUGGAGCUGGUGCCUCAGAGGGAAGAAAAUCAGGAGGAGGAGGAGGAGGAAGAGGAAGCCAUCACCGGUGGGGUGGAUGGCGUGAGGAUCUCCUGUUGCCUUUGCGGGAAGGAGUUCAAUUCACGACGGGGUGUGAGGAGGCAUUGCCGCAAGGCGCAUGAGAGUAAGCUGGAGGAGCUGCGCAAGUUCACGGAGACUCGCACGCUGCCCCUCAGCCUGCUGUCCAUGGUGAAGCGCCGCCCCCGCCGGGCCCCUGGGGCUGCCGGUCGCAGCUGCCCCAUGUGCCAAAAGGCAUUCGCCACCAAGGCCAACGUGCGGCGCCAUUUUGACGAAGUGCACCGUGGCCUCCGGCGUGACACCAUCACACCUGACAUCGCGACACGGCCCGGCCAACCGCUAUCGCUAGACGUGCCCAAUACUACCACGCGCCGCCACAAGGUAGCCCCAGAAUUCAGCCUCUCGGGCUGCCGCUGCCUGUUGUGCCACAGGAAGUACAGCUCACAGGUCAUGCUCAAGCGACAUAUGCGUAUCGUCCACAAGAUCCAGAAUGGGCCCGGACCCAGCCCCGGAGUCAAGGUGAAGCAAGAGGCUCUGGAACGCAAUGACGUCGAGGUCCGGGUACCUCCUGGUGGACCCCCUGUAGCCCCGGAGAUGGAGAAGAAGCCAGCAGGCAUAAAGAAGAAGCCCAAAAAGGGAGGAGAGGGCCCCAAAGCCCGCAGGACCAAGCUGGCAGUGGGCUUCGACUUUCGGCAGCUCUACUGCAAGCUGUGCAAGCGGCAGUUCACGUCCAGGCAGAACCUGACGAAGCACAUUGAGCUGCACACCGAUGGCACCGAGAUCUACAUCAAGUUUUACUGCUGCCCCAUCUGCAGCUACGAGUCACGGCGCAAGCGCGAUGUCAUUCGCCACAUCACCGUGGUGCACAAGAAGUCAUCUCGCUACUUGGCCAAGAUCGUGCCCACGCUGGAGACACGGGCGGUCAAGAAGCCUGCUGAGAUGGUGCUGAACAGCGCCACGCGCCGAGGCCCGCACAGGGAGGAUGCUGACGGACGACACGAUCCUCCCUCGGUGCCUCCUGCCGCUGCCACUUUCCCCGCUGGCCGUAGGCAGGACGACCAGGAGGGCGGCUCCGAGCUGAAGGUCACCAAGAACUUUGUGCUGCACACGUGUGACGUGUGUGGGCGCGCCUUCGCCAAGAAGCUCUACCUGGAGUCACACAAGCGCAGUCACCGCGCCAACAGCGGUCUCACGCCGGGAGACGAUGGCCGGGCCAAAGGCCGCAGCACGCGCUCCAAAGCCUUACUCUGGUCCCCACAGAUCCCCACAUGACCCACACUGGAUUUCCAAACAGAAGGAAAAUAUCAGCAAACUAGGAAGCCACUCACCAUACAAGAAGGGGAUGGAUGGAAUGUCUGGGACUGAAUAAGAGGGGAUGGAUGACUUCUCGAGUACUGGUUGAAUUAAUAGGCAGAAUCCAGUGUCCUGCGAUACAGAAAUUGAUGAAGUAGCAUUCCUGGUGGAUCCAUGCACUGCACGUCGGAUAGAAUUAUGUCAUUUUAACUUUAGAGCUAUAUGACAACCGGGCUGUAACGUCAACGUUGUGGAAUUCUUUUGUAGAGUAAGCAUUAGUGCAGUAGUGUCACCCCAGACUCCUGAAUGUGUGUGCUGUGUGUAUAAAUGGUCACGGCUGCGAAAGGGGGGACCAAGCUUGUUAGCAUGAGCUUUUAUUGGUCAGAAACCCUCGACAGGCCGUGGAUCAGCGUGAGUACUCUGAGCCAGUAGUAGAGCAAACACACGGCCUCCCAUCUUGACUGGCAGCUCUGUGGUCCAAUCUUUUUCCAGAAUUGGUUUUCCUUGGCCAAUGGCAGAGGCACACAAGCCUGUGUAGGAUGUGGUUAUGAUAUGUGUGCCCAGUAGGUGGGAGAUAUUUUAGUGUGUGGGCAACCUCUGAAUUUUGGGAUUCCCCACAAGUGCUAAAGGAAGGUAUACAGACUGAAAUGCAUUGCACAUGGAUUGGACAUUGAAACUGUGGGCUUUGAAUAGAACUGCAGAAGUGUAUGUCAUCCAAUCAGACACGUGAAAGAUUUAUUUAACUGUACAAAAUCAUUAUUUUUUUAAAAGAGGGAAAUAUUCUGGCAGAGGUUUUAUUUUGGAUUUCAGAAGGUGUUGACCAGGGUCGUUGUGGUCAGAAGUCUAUUUAUGUGAACUAAUAUGGCAGCACUUGGUUUGAAGCAUCUAUAUUUUUACCUUCAGAUGUUACCCUGUAAAUAUCAUAUACCCCCUCAAAAGCUUUACCACUGAGGCUAAGCAGUACUUACCCGGUGACUUUUAUGCCUUGUCCACACAUACACGGGUAUAUUUUAAAACGGUGUUUUUCCUCCUUCGUUUAAAAAAAAAUCCCCGUCCACACGAACAUAGUCUUCAAAAAAAAUUAAAUUGCGCUGUC